GAAGCCAUGGGUGCGCCUCCCCGUCCGCCUAGCUCUCUCUCCACUAGCUUCAGCUUUCAGCCUAGCUCCUCCGCGCCCGGCGGGAUCCGGCGAGCUCGAUCGAUCGUCUCCAUUCCAGCCACGCAGCAGCUAGCUCCGGCGAGCGAUCGGGGACCAUGCAGGCGGUGGGCAUCCGGCGGGGCCUGACCAUCGACCCGGCGGGGGAGGAGGAGGCCCCCGCGGCGCGCGUGGGGCGCCUGGUCCGCGAGAGCCCCGUGGUGAUCUUCGCGCGGCGCGGCUGCUACAUGGCGCACGUGAUGAAGCGCCUCCUCGCCGCCGUGGGCGCGCACGCCACCGUCAUCGAGCUGGACGCCGGCGCGGCCGACGAGCUCGCGGCGGCGGCCGAGGCCGGGCGCGGCGCCGUCCCGGCGCUCUUCGUGGGCGGCGCGCCCGUCGGCGGGCUCGAGGGGCUCAUGGACCUCCACCUCAGCGGCCGCCUCGUGCCGCGGCUCCGGGAGGUCGGCGCCCUCUGCGCCUAGCUAGCGCCUCGUCGGCCGCCGCACGUCCCGUCGGGUUCCACUUCCACAGUAGUCCCACCAAGGCGUCCAUGGAUGUACAUACGCGCGGCCUCUGCGAUUCGGACAAGCUUCAGGGUUCUCGACGCAAAACACGCUCGAAUAAGUUGUAGCGGUACUACUACACCAAGGGCGGGGGAUGCUUGUGAGGGGGAGCAGUGUUACGGGGGGGUUUUUGUGAGAAACGGCAGGACCGAAAUGUGAUUACUUUAGGAGUAACGCUACUUCCUCUUCCUCCUCUCUUUUUCCUUUUACAGCAGCAAGCAAGCGACCUGUCUUCUUCCUCGCUUCUGUUUUGUCCUGGCGUGAUGAUCUGAUUAAAGCAGCGCGCAUGAUCCGAGUCGGAA